CCUUCGAACCAAUUAGACCGGACUGCACACCGUUUCCCAUCUAGGGUUUUUACCAGACCAUAGGGUUUAUUCACACCAUCCCCAAAAUAUUAGAGAAAUCAAAACAGAAAUGGCGGCCUCAAUUGAUUUCUGUUCCGGCGCUCCCAAAUCGGAUGAUCCAAUAGCACGAUGAAGAUUUUGGGAGAUCCGUAGUGUUAUUUGGGCGAGUAGACAGACAAAAAUUGUUUUUUUUUUGUUUUUUUUAAUUAUAUUGGAAUAUAUGGAAGCUAGAGUUGGGGUGGAAGGCGGCACCGCCACUAGGCAGUUUCUACACCACCACAACUCACGGCCGCAACAGCAGCAGCCGCAAAUAUCGCAGAUUGGUACGGUGCCGCAGCUCCUCGCCGGCGGUAUCGCCGGAGCUUUCAGCAAGACCUGUACUGCUCCCUUAGCUCGACUCACAAUUCUCUUUCAGGUACAAGGCAUGUAUUCAGAUGCUGCAACUAUGAGUAAGCCUUGUAUAUGGCGCGAGGCAUUGCGGAUAGUGAACGAAGAAGGUUUUCGAGCCUUCUGGAAAGGGAAUUUGGUUACUAUAGCUCAUCGGCUUCCUUAUUCUUCAGUCAGCUUUUACGCCUACGAACAGUACAAGACUAUUUUAAAAUCAAUGCCGGGCCUUGAUGGUAGUGGAGGAAAUCCACAUGCAGAUAUUUUUGUGCACUUCGUCGGCGGUGGCUUGGCUGGAAUAACUGCUGCUUCCGCCACGUACCCUUUGGAUCUUGUCAGAACACGGCUCGCUGCACAGAGGAAUGCAAUAUAUUAUCAAGGCAUAAGGCAUGCAGUUAACACUAUAUGCAGAGAUGAAGGUUUUCUUGGUCUGUACAAAGGGCUCGGGGCAACAUUAAUGGGUGUUGGACCCAGUAUAGCAAUAAGCUUCUCGGUUUACGAGAGUUUGAGAUCCUCUUGGCAUGCUCGAAGGCCCGAUGAUUCUACUGUUGCGGUAAGCCUUGCUUGUGGCAGUCUUUCUGGCAUUGCAUCAUCAACAGCAACUUUUCCCUUGGAUCUCGUGAGAAGAAGAAUGCAAUUAGAAGGCUCUGCUGGUCGACCUCGAAUAUAUACUGCUGGAUUGUUUGGAACAUUCAGACACAUUAUCCGCAGUGAAGGCUUCCGUGGGUUGUACAGAGGGAUUUUGCCAGAAUACUACAAAGUUGUACCAAGUGUAGGGAUUGUUUUUAUGACAUAUGAAACAUUGAAGAAAGUACUAUCAAACGGUCCUUUGGGUUAGUUAACAACAAAAACCACCAAAAAGGGUGCCUCGAGGAAAUAUUUGAGUAUCAGUUUUGAUUUAAAAAUGUAGGGCUCGUUAGUUAUAGGUAGAUACGGUUUUUUUUCCGUCUAUGGCAAUGGCCAAUGUUUCAAUGUACAGGCUAUUGAUAGUGUCGUAGUUGGCAUUAAAUGUAUUAUUUGAGAUGAUUAUUUAUUCGGUUUUUACACUUUCUUUAGGGCUUGUUUACGAGCAUCAUAUUGAUGAUUUGUGUCAUCAUAAAGUUUUGUUGAAUGGAUUUGUAUAACAGUGUUUACAGACUGAUAAGAUUAUUUGAGCUAACAUUUUAUUUAAAGAAUACA